CACUUUGUUAAUUUUGUCCGUCUCCUCCUGCCUUUCUUGAACUAGUCUCAGUCAACGCUCUCAUGUCCUCUUCAUCCUCUCCUUCUUCUACUUCCUCUGUUUCUCUCAAAACAUUAUUAUUCCAACAAGAAUCGAAACGCCGUUGACAUUCUUUCAUUACGCAAAGCAACCCAAUUCAGCAAAGCCAUGGUUGGAUGGCCGCAUCUACUGGUGACGGGAGGUUCUGUGGCGGUUGUUACGACUCUGUUGAUUGUAUUGAUAUGGCGAUUGUUUUUUUUCAAAAAGCACAAAACUUUAGAGGUCACCACGACGAGACCUGCAACUAAUAAUAAUCAGAUUCAGAGCAUACAAGAUGGGGUUGCGAAGGUUCACCAAGAGAGUCGGAUUCCGAGUCCCAAUCUUCAUCGACCUGAUUCGGACGCCAAAUUCAAAAGAGGGAAUAAUUUCAAUGUGUUUCGACGAGGGGUUUCAUCGAAGCCUCUGUUCAAUUGGGCAGAUCAUCCGGCGAUGAUCACAGAUGCGGUUGAGAAUGGGUGGUCGAGAUUUGGGUUCACAGGGCACUACGUGUCGUCUCCGUCCGCACGAUCGUCGCUGUUGGGUUUUUGUGCGGCUGGAGAUUAUAACAGAGAAGCAGAAGCAGAGAUUAGUUGGGAAGUUUGUCAAGGAUCAGCUGAUUUUAUGCAAAAAAUAAGGCUAAAUCCAGGAGGAUUCAAGAGAAAAAACCCAAGCAAUCUUUCCAUGUCUGCUGCUUCUGUCAUCAGAACUGCUCUGCCUCUACCAGGACCUCCUUUGGGGAAUCUGUCUUUCCCUCAAGAAGCAUAUUUUGAGAUCACAAUUUUGUUUAGUCCCAGGGAAGAAAAUGAUUCAGUGGGGAGCAACAGUAAGGAAAGUGAGAGGAGUAAACUUAUUCAGAUUAAUCAAAAUCCGAAAACAAAUUCGGAUUCUUUAGUCCAUGUUAGCAGCAGCAGUCAUAGAAUCAGCAACAUUGAAGAGAUGAGGUUUGCGGUGAAAGAUGAUUAUGGAAAAGAAGAAGCAGUGGUUCUGUCAAUUGGACUCACUGCAGGUGGGUCUUUGCCUCUCAAACUCCCUGGAACAUAUCCAGGAUCAAUUGGAUUCAACUCCACUGGUUCUGUCUUUCUUGAUGGAAUGAAACUUGUGUUUGAAUCUGUAAGGACAGAGUGGGGAAGAACAGGUAAGGUAAUUGGGUGCGGAUAUGAUCCUAAGCAAAAGAAAGUUUUCUUCACAGUAGAUUCGGAGCUGGUGCACGUAAUACAUUGCAAGUCAGAUGAGUUUGGGAGUCCCCUGUAUCCAACUCUUGCAGCAAAUGCAGACAUACUGGUUCUUGUUAAUUUGGGACAAAGUACAUUCAACUAUGCACCAGCAAACGCGCAACGCACCCCGAAUCCUUGCUUCAUUGGUCCUCUAGUGAAGUCACCUGCAUUAGGGUAUGAAGACAGCAAGGAACUCUUCUCAAUGGGAAGAAUUGAUUCUCAAUGGCUUAAUCGAAGCGUGGCCAGAGGUAGCCUCAACAACCACAAUGGUGUCAAUAAAGAAGUAGAUUUUGAUGAGGAAUCUGAGGCUGAUUUGUUUGAAAUUGUGUUGGAGAGUAGUGGAAGGUCUCCUAACACCACUUCAUAACAGCAAUGGAAUUCAUUUUGGGUCUUUAGAAUGAGAGGACGAAUCUCUGGAAUUUGCAGUGGGUUUUUGGUUGAUGAAAUGCAUAGACAGAGACAACUUUGUGAAGAAUACAAAUACAGGGUACAUACAAAAGUUUCUUUUGGGGGAUUAUUCAUUAUUGUUGUUUGAACAUUUCUUUUAUUGCCUGGCCCUCAAUGUAUUUAUACCUUGCCAAAUAUACAUUUCUCAUCCAUGUAUAUAUAUAAAACACUGAAAUCCAUUCAAGACAUGUGUGUUGACCUUU